GUGGUAACCCUGAGGUGGUCGCCAUCUUGCGUACGGAGGUGCAGCUCUUGCCUCUGAGUCUGACGCCUGGGAUUUUGGUUUCUCCCUCUCUGCCUUGUGAUGGUGUAUGAGUGUUUUUUCAUUUUGACGGAGUUUCGUGUCUUGUAGGAGAAUUUCUUUUUGGGGGUGAGGUAAAGGUCCAUGCAGAGCCUGUAGAAGAAGAUGCCUUAUGGUGAAAUUGAAGCUAAGUUCUUGGGACCUGGAAAAGAACUAACAAAUGAACCAUGCUAUAAAAAAUUGAAGUCAGCCACCAAAGCUUAUAUUUUCCCACAUCGUAGCAGUGCUGAUUUUCUUCAGGAGGACAAAACCCAAACUACAGAUUUGCAGAAACCUUUGCGUAAUGAGAUGCCUUGUAAUAGACUAGAUGUUAUUGAAUCUAUUGGUUCACAAAUUUUACAGCAUGGAAAAUCUCCAUUAGUAUCAACAGAUGAUGAAAUAUAUAGUACAAGUAAAACAUUUAUAGGACCCAUUUACAAACCCCCAGAAAAAAAGAAAUGUAAUGAAAGAAGGAAUGAGACAGACACUCACAAUGAUACAAAUGGCAAAGGAAGACAAGAAAAGAAACGGAAAUUUUACACCAAAAAAUUAGAGAUUGACACUGAAUUAUCACAGUUUUACAAAGAAAUUGAAGAACUCGAAAAUGAAAAAGAUAAUUCAGAAGUCAGUUGUAAGGAAUCUGAACCAUCUCAGGAACAACUUCUUCCGUAUUAUGAGGGCUGUAAUAAUGAUGUCUUAAGAUCUGAUGAAGCAACUAAAGAUCUUAAUAGUGCUCUUCAGUCACAUUGUGGUUAUCAGCAGUACUUGGGCAAUGAGCCAGGCAAAUAUACCUAUGAUGGACAAGUGAUACCUACAUUUUGUGAUACUUCAUUUACUUCCUUCAGGCCUGAAUGGGAAUCAGUGCAUCCUUUCAUAGUGCCCCAUGGUCCUCCUCUUCCCAGUUUUAACUAUCAUUUAAAUAUUCAAAGAUUUAGUGCUCCACCAAAUCCAUCACCAAGUAUUUUCCAUGCUCAAGAUGACUAUCAGAUUCAAAAUGGGUAUGAUGUAAAUAGUUGUCAUGUUAACUGGAAUUGUUUGACUUUUGAUCAGAACAAUGAAUAUACUGACUGUAGUGAGAAUAGCAGUAGUCUUCAUCCCCCUAGAAGUGGCUAUAGUGUGCAAGAUGGAUAUGUGAGUAACGGUUUAUGUGAAAUCAGAGAAAGAAGCUGGAAAGAGCCUCCAAUGGACAAGCAUAAUGGAAUGGACAGGUUUGUGAACCAGCAGUUUCAAGAAGAAAAGUUAAAUAAAUUGCAGAAAUUACUUAUUCUAUUAAGAGGUCUGCCUGGUUCUGGGAAAACAACAUUGUCUAGAAUUCUGCUUGGUCAGAGUCGUGAUGGCAUUGUGUUCAGCACUGAUGACUAUUUUCACCAUCAAGAUGGGUACAGGUAUAAUGUUAAUCAACUUGGUGAUGCUCAUGACUGGAACCAGAGCAGAGCAAAACAAGCUAUUGAUCAGGGGAGGUCUCCAGUUAUAAUAGACAACACUAAUACACAAGCUUGGGAAAUGAAACCGUAUGUGGAAAUGGCAAUAGGAAAAGGAUACAGAGUAGAGUUUCAUGAACCUGAAACUUGGUGGAAAUUUGAUCCUGAAGAAUUAGAAAAGAGGAAUAAACAUGGUGUGUCUCGAAAGAAGAUUGCUCAGAUGUUGGAUCGUUAUGAAUAUCAAAUGUCCAUCUCUGUUGUAAUGAAUUCAGUGGAACCAACACAGAAAAGCACACAAAGACUCCCUCCUCCACAGGGAAGCCAGAGAGAAAAGAUUUUGAAGAAAAGUGGUCAUAGACUCAGCAAAACCAAACAGAAGAAAAACAGAAAAAGAAACAAAAAGCAUGAGACUCUUAGUGAAAUCAUGGUUGAAAACUCAUUUGAAGCCUUGAAUUAUCUUACCCCAAGAGAUCAAGACCCAGCUCCAGGUGAAGAAGAUUUUAAAGAGAUCAAAAGAGAAACAAGUUUUCUCUUAAAUAGUGGCUUACAAAAUGAAGUAGGGGAUUUUGUGAAUGGCUAUAAAGAAAAUAGUUGGAAAAACAUAGAUCCUGAAGAUUGCUUUCCAAAUCUUAUACCUACAGUUGAGUUGGACAGCCCAUCAAAGAAUUACUUCCCUAGGGAAGAUGAUGACUUGCUUCAAACUUUGUCAUUAGUGCCAAAUGUUACUUGUCCAACAGGGCUUCAAAAUCUUCCUUCUGUAACAAGGAAUUACUGCUCUGGCAUGAAGGUUGAAAAGCAUAUUGGAAAUAGGCAUAACUUGGCAUUAGAUACCCAGGACCUAUUUGCUGAAACCCCAUGUUCAUUUAUGAAGAAGAGAGAGAUGAUAGAUAAAAGUCUCUCAAAUGAACCAGUUCCAUGCUAUCAACGUAGAACUUCAGAUGUUUUAAGAGAGAAACAAGGAGUACACAAAACUAAGAACAAUUAUUGGGCUUUUUUCACAGCCAAUUUAUCUAAUAAAGAAUUACAAGUAGGCCCUGACAAACAAUCCUAUUUUGGUAGCUGGCCUGAGGGAACUCAUAUGUUUGUAUGUGAACAAAGACCAAAGAAAGAUAGAUCACGUAAACUGACCUGUGCUGAGAGCAGGGAACAACUGAUUAAAUUGAUUUCCACUUCUGAAGGAGCAUCAGGACCAGGAAGUAGUCCAGAAAUAUCGAUAGAGGAAAUGCUACUGAUAGAAAAUGAAGAUUUGUCAUCUUCAACUGAAACUACAGAUUCAUUCAUAGAAACAGAAACAAAUAUAUUCAGAAGCUCUUUACUUCAACUGGAUAUCCCAAAGAGUUUCUCAGAACCAACAAAGAAUAAGAAAAAGAUACAGAAAAGGAUUCUCAAUUUGGCACCAAACUUUAAUUUACUGGAACAGAGUAAUAUCAAUGGAAAAGAAAAGGAUAAAUAUGACCUAUUAAUAGAAAACUAUGAACUAAGCACUAUUUUGGUAAAAGAAAAUGAUAAAGUUUCAGAAAUAAAUAACAAAAAGGAGAACAGGCAAAAAGUUAUGGCCUUUAACAAUCAUCCGUUGUGGUUUUUCCUUGGUAUCAUCGAAGAUUCCCCUCUAGAUAUUGGUGGACAGUUUUAUUCUCACUACCUGCCAUUUAACAGACCAGGACACACUGUAUAUUUAUACAAACACCCUGUUCCUUCUCUUGUACUACAUUAUAUAUCUAGCUUUUGGCUGAUACUUUUUACCAACAAAAAAACAUUUUUGACUUUCAAACCUCAGACACAAUUAGGUAAUAAACUCAAUGAUGUAGAGUUUAUUUCUUCAGAACUUUUAAGUGGCCAACUUCAAAUUUUGUGCUCUUUGAAGGUUACUUCUGAACUUUAUUUUGUAAACAAACAAUUUGGAGACAAGCCGAAGAGACAGGAAGAAUCUAAGCCAUUACAGUGCUUACUAACUAAGGAUAGACAAGAUUUAAUAAGCACUGAUUUUCAUUUCCUUGGGCUACCAUUAUCACAAGACUUUGCCUUUCAACUAGUAAAGGUUUUUGGAUCUCCUGGAGUUCCAAUGGAAUCCUUGUUGCCUGAUGAGUAUGUGAGUCCUCUUGACUGGAAAACAGUGAAGAUGAUCUAUUUGCAAUGGAAGAUGUCAGUAGAGAAAAGAAGAUUUAUAAUUUUUAGACAGAAGAUGACACUGGCUAGAACUGAGAAUUCCUUGAACUGUGAGUUGUCUGAUAUCCGUGGUGCUGCUGAAAAUCUUGAUCAUCAAGCAAAGUCAGAGUGCUCCGUGUGGACCCAAAAGAUUCUUUCCAGGGUUAUGCCCAUUGGAUACCAAAGCUGGGUUGGAUAAUCUGUCUAAGUGUUAUCUGAAUUUAAACAAACUCAACAGAAGAGGUAACAGCUUAAACAUCAUAUCAUCUAAUUUGAAGAUGUUUACCAUAAUUUUAUUUUGUUUUAUAGAAGAAAACAAUGCACAGAACACUUAAGUAGCUUAUUUUUUUUUUUAGAUUGUAUCAGGUUUGGAAGGGUGGGCCCUAUAUCCAAACAUUGGUCUGUGAUUGCAUUUCUAGAAUUGUGAAAUCCAAAAGGCUUUGAAAACCAAAAGUUGUUUUGUUUUUUCAGUUUUUAUUGCAGUAAAAUAUACACAAUAAAACUUAUCAUCUUAACCGUUAA